UUAUAAAAUAUCUGUAUUUCACAUAAUUUAUAGGUCAAUUUCCUUACCAUAAUAAGUUUUACAUGAUAUAUCUGUACGAGUUUUAAGUGUGCUUGACAAUCUAAAGGAUGACAACCAAGUAAAUUAAUGGAGUUUUGAAAGUUGUAAUAAGUUAGUAAUGUUGUUUAGUAGUUCAACUUGUGUAUUACUCGUGUACGCUGAGUUUGGGUUAGUAACAUCGAAAUUUAUUAAAAGCAGACUUCAGAUACAUAGUAACUGCGGGUAAAUAUGUCUGAUAACAUUAAAAAGAAAAAUGGUAGUUUCCGGAAACUAUUUCCCUUGUUUUUCUCACACAAAUCUAAGGAGAAAACCAAUAAAGAUACCCAAUCGACCUUUAAGGGUGUCGAUGAUGUAUCAAUAAAUAAUCAAUAUCAAAAUCCCCGCGCGAUAAGAUCCGAUAAAUAUGGUCAAGGCGAUAGCGAACGAAUAUAUGAGAAUUUAGCUACUUCGAACGUGCACACCGAUAAUGAUACAUUGAAUAUCAACAUACCAAGUAAUCAUUCCUCGAGUAGCACACUGGUUUCUGAGAGUGUGAAAAUGAGAAAUACGAUCGCAAACACUUUCGAGGCCCAAAACAUAGAAAAAGAUUACAUCAAUUACGCAGCUCGACCGCAGGUGCCACCAAAGCCGCAUAAUGAAAUGGUUCACCCAUCGAUAAAUCAUAUUUAUAAUAGCUCGAAAUAUCCGGAUGUAUAUUAUCAUUCUUUAGAAAAAUUAACGGACAAGAUAUCACCACAAGAUGAAAUCGAAAUUUAUAGAGCGUCUCAAGCACAAGGAAAUCCAGCUUCUGUCGGCGCGGAAAUUAAAAGAGUCAGCACUAAAUUUCUCAUAUCACCGAAGAAAGAAGCCGAUGUACGAACUAUACAGCCAACUAGAGCUCGCAGUCUGUCCCUUGACAACAAUAAAGAUCAAGUUAAACCAGGUGGCAAAAAUACUAUUAAUCAAGUGAAUGUUGCGAAGCCAUACAAUUACUCGGCACCAACAUCACCCAUGCCGGUAAAUCAUAAGAUUCCAAAUAUGCCGAAAACAGUUUCACCGUACGAACAUGUAAGAAAAAACAUGAUUGAAGCUGAAGAAAAGAGAAACUCUCUUAAUAGAACUACUAAUCGUAUCAAAUCGACUCCAUCACCAAGGCCCAUACAUAGUUACAGAUCUACACCGAUUUCGACUUUACCUAAAGAAACUCAGAAAUACGAAGAAAUGGAUAAAGAGAAGACCAGACAAAAGGUAGAAGCAUUUUACUGGCAGAAAUUAAAAGAGAUGAAACAGAAAGAAGAUGAAUAUUUUCUGAGACAAUCCUCUUUGAGAAAUCCUAUCACAAAAGUGUGUUAUACAAUUUCCAAUUGUAGUACGCCUAAUUCCGUUGUGAUAGAGCCAAGAAGUUGCAGUUUACCGCGUGGCAAGGAUUUAAGAAGCUAUAUGAAUCAACCUGUUUACUCUCCGGUACCGUUUGCACGUGGCGUUCCAGAAAGGCGCACUGACACAUUUAUAAAGAACCGGCCGCCAGUUGAUUCCGAAAUAGUUUAUAGACAACUGGAUAAACUGAACAUCAGAACAACAUCGCCGAUCUUGCUACAAGAAAGAAAAAUGUACAACCGGGACACAUUCCCAUUGGAUCGAAAUGACAAACGGGUCAGUUUUGAAGAACAUCGUACGUCAAAUGCUUGUGGAAGUGUAGUGAAUGAGGCAAAUAGGUCUAGGAAGCUAGUUAAUACAAACGAGUAUCCGCAAUACGUUAAAGUUAGUGAAACGCGCGGCCCGCCGCGGCCGCCGGUGAGGACUACAAGUGUUGGUGCGAAACAAACUUUACGAGUGGCGAAUAAUGGAACAAUUGUUCAUUUACCUACUGGACAAUCUGUUUACUCCGAGUCUGAAAGUGGUUCGGAAGCUGGCGAAAUACAGAGAAUAUUGCACGGGAACACGCAUAAAGAUGAAGACUGGCACGCAGAUGGAUCUCGCAUGGACGGUGGGUUGUCGGACGGAGAGGCGAGCCGUGGACCGACUAGAGGACGUCCAUCACGCCGUGACGAUCCUCGACGCCACACGCUUGCCGGAAACCAUUUGUACCUUCACCCACAUCACCCAGGCCAGCACAACGCUAUUGUUAUGGAGCCAAAUCACAGAGGCAUGAUGAACACGCCUGAAUAUGCGACGGUGACCAAACCACGCGACAUGAGACACAACAGACUGUUAGACCCACGCAUGAGAAAGCCACCGCUGCCGCGUGGCUACCCGCCGCCGGCGAACAAUUUGCUGUUCGAUGACGACCCCGGCAUCAUGUCUGAGGUGGAGACGGCAUCCACGGGCUUCAGACGUGGUGGCAAGCAGAGGUCGUCACUGCCCGUGGUGAGAACACCAAGCAAGACGCUCGAACGCCCAUUGGGCCUUGUAUUCCUCCAGUAUAGGAACGAGACGAAGCGAGCAUUGCUCCCGAACGAAAUUACAUCCAUUGAUACCGUGAAGGCACUGUUCGUGAGAAGCUUUCCGAAGCAAUUGACGAUGCAGUACAUGGACAGCCCUUUGGUCAAGAUCUACAUCCACGAUUCUUCCAAGGACAUGUUCUAUGAACUUGAAGAUAAUCGGGCUCACCUGCGCGACAUCCGCGAUCGGUCGGUGCUGCGUCUCUUCGAGGCAACCGAUAUCGGCGGAGGCGCGUUCCCCGGCGCCGUGGGCGUGGGCUCGCUCUCCAUGCCCCCAUCUGCCUCUUGCUCCGGUCCCAACAGCUGGGAUCAGGAUCAGAGCUACUUUAGCGAGCCGGAGAUCGACUCUGAGUACCACCACCAGCACGUGCACAAGUCUAAGGUGAAGGCGCCAGCCUACUACAUGGGCACCCAAGCUCCGAGCACGCUGCCCAGGGGAGGGACCAUGCUGCGUGCGUUCUCCCCUGCCGCCCCGCCCGUGCCCGCCGACCGCGUGAAGACCAUGCCAGUAACAGGUAUCCCUCCGGCCAAGCCCAUACGCGCGUACAUCCCGGGCACUGGCUCGGAGCGAUGUUUCCCAUUCGCCGCGCCCGAAUGUCCUCGGGCCCCCGAACAACUGUACACGAUUCCCGGGCAUGCCGGCGAGGGGUACAUGUCGUCGCCGGAGCGCAGCUCCGCAAGGGUUCCCUAUGAAGAUCCGUACUACACCCAAUUCAUGGGCCCAGGGGCUGGGCGUGCGAACAUUACUCCAGUUAUUGAUGAGGAAGCGGGUGACGCAAUGAUAAUCGACGACUCAUAUCAAAUGUACGGCGUGAACCCGAUCACGACUGCGCCUCGGCCGAUGCCUCGUCCGCACUAUGACGCCAGGCUGCCGGCGCCUGCUGACGAAAUGCAACGCCUGCGCGUUGAGAAAAUGGAGCGGCAACUUGCUAACCUGACCGGGCUUGUGCAAAAGGCCCUCCAAGUACCCGGUACAUCGGCGGGACCCACUGCCUCGCCACGCCAGGAGUUCCAAACCUAUGCGACACGACCAGUCAACCAGGAUGCUGCAAGAUUUUCGAGCAACGAGAGACCCCCAAAAUUAGGGAGGGAUAAAUUUCAAAAGUCUGUGUCGUUUGAGAAAUCAGUCUCCUUUAGCGAUGAUCCACCAGACAUGAAUUCACCAAAACAACACUCACCGCAACAUACAGCUGAUUCAAAACCGGCAAAACCAGCCAUCAAAUCUUCCACAUUGCCGAGGACCUCCUCUCAAGAACGCGAUCGGAUGAAGCCGGCUCCACCGCCGAAACCCGCUGGCUUGGUCGGACAGCAGCUGGCGUUGGUGCCGCAAAGAACAUACACUAUUAGCGUGACCCCGGACUUCUUCAAUCAGAUGAAGAUCCUCCAGAAACAAAGUAGAGACCUAAGAAUCGAGACACGUAAUCUUCGUCGCUCCACAUUGGCGCAUGCUAUACAAAUGCGCCAGUUGAUGGCCGAAACUAUUGUGAAGAUAGGCGCGCUCGCGGCUACAUUCGGCGAACAAGAUCCGGAUGCGCAACUCACUCGUGAGGAGGAAAUCUACCGGCAAGACAUGCUGCUCCUGGAGAAUGACUUGUACGAGCUCGAGGCUACGGUGGAGAGGCUGCGAGGCCAAGCUGCCAACAGGGAGACACGCGUGAACAUGGCUGACAUUGAGCGCAUUGCAAUGGUGCUAUCCAAGAGUAGCAAGACUGUUGCUGACUGGAAACUGAAGUUCCCCAUCCUGCAGGACACAAUGAAGGUCAAGCUGGCCUCUGAGAUGGAGAAAGUGGUCCGCAAGGAGAAGAUGUUGGAAGAGGAACCGGAGCGGUUGGAACUCGCUCUGCGCCGCUGCAAGAAGUUGACUGGCACUCUGGUCACCCUUAAGAGGCUCGCGUGCGUGCAAGAGCAGCGCCUGCCUCUCACCGACGGACGCAUCUCGCCGGGCUCGUCCCAGAGCUCCACGUUCACAGCGUGCCCCUCCUCCGAGGAGUUCAACUCGGACAGCACGUGCCCCGCCAUGCCCUCCCACCACAACAAGGGCGCCUCUGUCGGGUACGUCGGUCGAGCCGCUGCGGGCCGGGGAGCAACGGACGUGCGGCCCGAGAACGCGCUCGACGCUCUACUAGACGAGCUACAAACGUUCGCCAAACCGAAUGAGCGUGGCGAGCGAAUCGAGCGCAACGAGCGUGGCGGCCGCGGCGAGGGCCCCCUGCGCCGCCUACAUUCGUACCCCAGUGGCAGCGACACCGACGCUUCGCCGCCCGUGCGCGCGCGUGGCCAGCACCCACCCAAGCCCCCCGUGCCUGAGCGACACCCGGAGCUGCUGGCGCUGGCUGCACGCCGCGCGCCCCCGCCGCCGCCGCCGCGCACCACCUCGCGCUCGCCCCUCGCCUCGCCGACAUCCCCGUCAUCGCCCCCACGCAUUGAUCCCGAAUCCUGCCCUUCUGACACCAACGUAGACGAUGACAAUGUGGCUUCACGACAGGCAGUUCUCGAACAGCGACAUCAAGAGUUGUUGAAGAAACAGAAAGCGCUGCAGGAGCAGUACGCUCGCCUACAAAUGAUCCAGCGCAGCGGGCCGACACUGCCACCGAACGCGCAGCCCGAUCUCAAGAAAACUGGCAGCGAGUCCAACCUGCUCACCAAGAUGAACCUCAAUCUCGCUCCAGCGGCAAUAUCUGGUAGUAUGACGCACUUAGCUGGUGAUUGUAAAAAGAAUGGCACAGAGAGCCCGACCAUAGACAUGCAGGGUUGCCAGGGCUCCAAUAAGGCGGAGUCUGUCUCCACCACUAAUAAGGUGUAUCAGACCGACAUCCUGUGACCCUGCGGUCGCUGCCACACCAUAUCCGUCUGAGUUGUUUUCCUAAUUGUUUUGAAAUAUUCGUUUUAUAUUGUAAGGCACUAAAUCGAAGCGAUUUAUUUCCUUUGUUAGUGAUAAGUAUUACUCGCGUCUGCGAGCGGGUAACAUAGUCAAGUUACAAUAUACAGUUUCAUUUUAAGUAAGUAUAAUUUUGCAUUGUUAUUGCGGAAGGGUUACACGCUUCUAAUGUUAUAAUUGAAUGGUUAAAGCGUUUCUUGUUUAAAACUGAUUAUAAUCCAAACGAUGCAAUACAAACGACGACGUCCCAGCACGAAUACCGGAUCAACCGAAAUGCCUAAAUUAAUUAGCGACAAACUCAAAAAUAAAAAAUAUAAAAAAAAUAACAAUUCAAUGACCGUAAAUAUAUAUGUUAUUGAUAUAUUAACUGCUUGUAUAAUUCGCACAGGCCGUCAUCUCGUGUUACUGGCUAGAUAAUAUCACUGUAGAAGUGAGAGCAUAUUCAUUCAAGUUUGAGAUAUUCCCCGUGUAUCCACUAUCUAGAUGUAUAUAAUACAUUAAUAUAGAUGUAACCCUAGCCUACCUUAUCUUAGAUAGUUCCUAAUGUUUUUACUACCUUAAUCCUUAAGAAUUUGCACAAUAACGAGUGCCAAAUUUACUUUCACCUUCCCCACAUCGCUCCUUUGGAUACGAAGUUUAGGAACAUUGAAAUUAUAUAAAUCAAAUGACUCACUGUAUUUUAUGGUAAUUUCCAUGUAACCAAAUACAACGAAGGAAUGUUGUACGCCAAACAAUUACUGUCUAGUUAACAAUUAAUUUCAUAAAUAAGCUAAACUAUUUAAUAUUUAUGACGGCAAUUUGAACUACAAAAACACACGUUUGGUAAUACAAAGAAAUAAAAUAAAUCGUCUGUGAUAAGAAAAAGUUACCUAGUAAAAUGCAUAAGAAUUGAAUUUUGCUAUUUUGACGCGUAUUUUUUCGCAAUAUAUAAGUUAUGAGAUUUAAAGUUCUAUCCCGUACAGCAAGGCCACAAUACUAAUGCCUUCUGAAUAAAGUACUACUGUUGUAUCUCGCGCGGAAAUUAAAUCUGUCGCACCAAAAAAACUACUAAGCGCAUUUUGCAAGUUGUGGUCUGCACUUAUGUAAGGAAUAGUACAUUGAAUACGUAUAAGCGGACAGCGGAAAGCUAAGAAAUUGCUUUUGUCAACUGCCACUGCAUUAACAUUUUCCUUGCAAAAUGGGUGACGGCGGUAAAUACAGCGGCAUGCAUCUCCACGCGCGUUUCUCUAGUACAAUUUUAUCGAAAUUUAUUCUUAUAGUUAAUUUGUCUACAUAAACACAAUAUACACGAUUUAUUUUAAUAACAGUCGUACACGUCGCCAUAUAAUGAGCAGUAGAAAAAUAGUCGCCACAUCACCAGAAUACUCGCACGCAUGAACCGUCAUUAAUAUUAUCAUAGUUAAAUCUUUAAAAAUAACAUUAUAGUAUAAAUGUGGUCAAAUUGUAUUAAAAAUGGUAAAUAAACAAGUGAUAUUGUAUAAAUGUAAUUCAUUAAAAUAUCCUUAUUUUUAGACUCAAAGUAUAUCUGCAUUAGAUAAUAUACGUAUAGAGUCUAGAUUUUUAGCAUUACGGCGGCAAUUUAAUUUUGAAAGCGUUAAUUCGAUAACCAUAUAAAAUUCAUUCAAAAAACAUAAUAGUUAUUGUUAGUUUAUAAAAUAAAGACGGUACCUAUCAUUCUAAGUUUUGAUACAAGUUAAAACAUUCAAAUAAUACGACGACCCGUUAGGAAAUUCUUGUUGGCGCAUUCAAAAUUAAAGCCGACUAUGGUACACCAACAAUUAAUAGUUGGCGCUUCUUGAUGUCUGUUGCGAUUCACAUAAUAUUUAAAAAAUAACAUUAUGCACAAAAUAAAACAAAGCACUUAGACGUUAUUUUUGCGGAUAUUGAUGUUUCUCUACGGAGCGAUCGCUGGUACUUGAUUUUUCAGCUUUAUUGAGCUUCUAUAGCUUUAUAUAAUUGUACGGACAUAUUCUAUUAUACAUGUGCUUGUGCUAAGUUUAUAUUAUGGCGCAAUAAACAAUAACUAGGGUUUGCGUACGGUUCUAAUAUAUUCUAACACCGUAAAUAUAUUUAACUAGACAAACUUAUCGAUGUCCGUAUGUAAAAAGUAAGGAAUUGUACGUGUUACUAUUGCCACUACUAGUUUAUUUUAGUAAUUUCGAUUGUGCUCAUUUAUUAUUUCAAUAAAUUAGAAGCAAAAUUUACACUGCGCGUCUUCGCAUUUUUGCUUCUCCGAUUUGAAAAAUGACGUUCAGGAGAUGGAUUAUUUGGUAGAAAUGAUUCUUAUUCGAAUAUUGUGCACUGUAUUAAAUAUUUAAAUGUUAAUAGGUCUAAUGAAAUGGUUCCACCUUUUUAUCAUUUCGCGACUUGUUUUUUUCAUAGUUUAUUGUAUUUUAAUUAAGGGAAUGAAUUAUUAAAUUUUAGUUGAAAAACUGUGCGAUAAAUUAUUUUAUUGUAGCUUAAAGCUUACCGUAUUAUAUUUGUUAUUAACAUAAUUUAUGUGCUAUUAAUGUUUAGUUGUAAAACCAUGUUAACUGAAUAGUUAAAUCCAAAAUAGCUUUCAAAUGUUUUAAUGUAAAAUUAAAUAUACACAUAAUCGUGAAGUUA